UUCAUUGAAGCCUGCAAAUAAAAUUCAUCCUCUUCAACUUCAUGCACCCAGAUCUCAUUUCCCAGAUGUGGACCCAAAAAUCUCCCAACUCCAAACCCUAGCUCAAUCCACCAGCAUUUGCACUUCCAAUCGCCACCGAAAUUCAGGAGUAGUGUAGUGUUUUGGUAACAAUAUGCAGCACAUUCCGAACACGAUUGAGGACCAGUUGAUAUUGAAAGCAAUCAAGGAAGAAUGUCCUUGGGAGAGUCUUCCGAAACGGCUUCAAGCCGUUCUGAAUUCCAAGGAAGAAUGGCACAGAAGCUGUUUCCUUAUCACCUUGCGGAGUAUGUUUGCCGUGUAAUGAGGGUAUCACCUUUCAGAUAUUACUGCGAUAUGAUUUUUGAAGUCAUGAAAAAUGAGCAACCUUAUGACAGCAUCCCGAAUUUUAGUGCUGCAGAUGCUUUGCGACUUACAGGAAUAGGAAGAAAUGAAUUUAUUGAUAUCAUGAACAAGUGUAGAUCUAAGGUACAGUUUAAAAACAUUUAUAUGGUAACUUGCUUGCUAGUACCUACAUUUGUCUACACACCUCUAUCAAUUUUAGUCUUUCUUGAUGUAUAAAAAUGAUUACCGAUCUUCACAUAUUUACAACCUGAUAUUUGUAGAAGAGCCGUUAUAUCAGUAUGAUUAUAUGGAUUCAUUUUUUAUGGGUAAAUUAUGCUUUCACCCCUUUUAUUCGUAAAGAAAAGAUUCUCCCACUUUGG